UUUUCAGCGUGCGCGGCAAGGCAAGGGGCUAUGGCCACGCAAUAACUCGAAACAAUCACGAAAUUGUUUGAAUUAACAUUUAAGACGCUACAGUCUAUGUUUAAAAUAAGUUAAUUGAAUGCUGAAUAUAUAGUAUACUUUUACAAGUGCUUAUAAUUUAAACCAAUAUGACUUCGAAUGAAGGCCGAGCUCAGUCAAACUUGCAUCAGCAAGAUUUGUCAAAACUAGACGUCACAAAGCUUUCUGCUUUAUCCCCUGAAGUAAUAUCCAGACAAGCCACUAUUAACAUUGGUACUAUUGGCCAUGUAGCCCAUGGCAAAUCAACUGUGGUAAAAGCAAUUUCUGGUGUGCAGACUGUUAGAUUCAAGAAUGAGUUGGAACGGAAUAUUACUAUUAAAUUAGGUUACGCAAAUGCAAAAAUCUACAAAUGCGACAACCCGAAAUGUCCUCGGCCAACCAGCUACACGUCCGGCGGCUCCUCCAAGGACGACAACUUCCCGUGCCUGCGGCCCGCCUGCACCGGCCGCUUCCAGCUCGUGCGUCACGUCAGCUUCGUGGACUGUCCCGGUCACGACAUCCUCAUGGCUACCAUGCUUAACGGAGCCGCCGUCAUGGACGCGGCCUUACUUCUCAUCGCUGGCAAUGAGUCAUGUCCGCAACCCCAGACCAGUGAACACUUGGCGGCGAUAGAAAUCAUGAAACUGAAGCAUAUACUCAUAUUGCAAAAUAAGAUAGACUUGGUCAAGGAGGGUCAAGCUAAGGAGCAACACGAACAAAUCACGAAAUUCGUCCAGGGUACCGUCGCCGAAGGGGCCCCGAUCAUACCUAUCUCCGCUCAGCUUAAAUAUAACAUCGAGGUUCUGUGCGAGUACAUCAUGAAGAAGAUUCCGGUCCCGAUACGAGACUUCACUUCUCCCCCGCGAAUGAUCGUAAUCCGUUCCUUUGACGUGAACAAGCCGGGCUGCGAGGUCGAUGACCUGCGCGGAGGCGUGGCGGGCGGCUCUAUCCUGCAGGGCGUGCUCACCGUCGGCAUGGAGAUUGAGGUGCGUCCGGGGCUCGUGAGCAAGGACGCGGACGGCAAGCUGACGUGUCGGCCCAUCUUCUCCCGCAUCGUGUCUCUGUUCGCGGAGCAGAACGAGCUGCAAUACGCCGUGCCCGGAGGACUUAUUGGAGUCGGCACCAAGAUCGAACCUACAUUGUGUCGCGCAGACAGACUCGUCGGACAGGUUUUGGGAGCCGUUGGAGCUUUACCUGGUAUUUUUGUGAAGCUUGAAGUCUCCUACUACCUUCUUAAACGUCUUCUCGGUGUUCGUACGGAAGGCGACAAAAAAGCGGCUAAAGUGCAGAAAUUGACCAGAAAUGAGGCGCUGCUUGUAAAUAUUGGUUCCCUAAGUACUGGCGGCAGAGUAAUUGCCACCAAAGCCGAUUUAGCAAAGAUUGCACUAACCAGCCCCGUAUGCACAGAGAUCGGAGAGAAGGUAGCGCUCAGUAGAAGAGUGGAGAAUCACUGGAGGUUAAUUGGUUGGGGUCAGAUCCAAGGAGGUGAAACUAUAGAACCUGGAAGAAAUUAAAAGUGCUUAUAUCUUUUGUAUUGUAUGUACUGUCAUAUUUAAUAUUAAUAAAAAAUAUUAUUAAAA